GAGCACCACAUCUCUGCGUGGAUAAAAGACGGUCUACAAGCCUUCGGAUCUGUUAUAGGCUUAACAACGGAGCAUCAUUUGAAGCACGCAACGCUUGUCCUGAACGCAACGCAUGCUGCCAAUGCGGUGAUCAAGACGAUACUGACAUCUUCAAACCACGUGUUAAAUAAGUCAGCGGACAUCUUCGUCGAGACCCAGGAGUUAGUGCAGAACAAUUAUAGUCAUCAUCAUCCCCUGAUCAAAUUGAUCUUGUCAAGGGAGGAGAGGGAGUCAAAGAAGAACAACAAGGAAGCAGCACAGCACAACGAGGAUCAUCAUGUCCUCUAUUUUGAUCUCAUCUAUGGUUCGUUGCGUGAAACGUUUGAACGCAUGACGCCAAAAAAGUCGUGUCAUCAUGUCGUACCUUUGACGCGAUUGCUUUUGCAGGAGUGCAGUGAGGUAGAAGAGGGUCUAGUGAUGCGUUCGCAACAAAGGUGGGUUUCUGGACAGCUUGCAGAGGGAGAAGAGAGAUCAAAUUCACCGCUGAAACGAUACUUCAUCGGUGCACCGUUAAAGCACCGCAUUCUGCAAGCCACCCGCACCGUCUUAGAGCGUGCACGCAGAAAAAGGAUACGCAUCAGACUAGCCAACUUCG